CUCCAAGAUGUGAUUUAUCAAGCUGAUGACUUGGUGGAUAGGAUUGACUAUGAAGCUCUGCGAUCCAAGCUUGAAGAUGAUCGAUCUAGCAGCGGCACAAGCAAGAUGGAACCUCAUGAUUCUUGUCAUGGUAUCAAGAGUCAAUUCCCUAGCGGGCAUUCGAUCCACACCGAUCCAAAAGAGUGAGCUAAGCUGCAAGAGAUCCGCAUAAUGCAAAAAAAUAUUGUUUUCCUACGAUAUGUUUCUUGCUGCAGAAAGUUGUUUAAGAGUGCUUUCUUUAAACAACUCUUCUAUCAAGGAGCUACCAGAUUCGAUUAGCAAUCUAAAGCACUUAAGGUACUUGGACUUGUCUUACACUGAAAUUGAUGAGUUAUCUGAUUCAAUUUGUACUUUGUAUGAUCUACAGACUCUAUUAUUGUUAGAUUGUUAUAAACUUUCUCAACUACCAAAGAAAAUGGGAAGCCUAAUCAAUUUGCGAUAUUUGGAGAUUGAUGGUGUACCUUUGAAAGAGAUACCAGAAGAAAUUAGUAAUAUGAAACACUUACAUUUCUUAUCUAAUGUGGUUUUGAGUGACAGAAAUAGUGGAGGAUUUAAAAUGAAAAGUGCAGCAAUGCUUGCAAAUUUACGUUGCAUUUCAGGGUUGGAAAAUAUCAAAGAUGCAACAGAAGCUUCAGAAGCUAAUUUAAUAGAUAAGAAGGGUGUUUCAAAACUGACUUUGAGCUGGAAUGUUAAUGGCUAUGUGGCUGAUAGUUCGCAAAAAGAAAAUGAUAUACUUGAUGCACUUCGACCUCAUACAAACUUGGAGCAUCUUGGUAUUGAAAAUUACAGAGGUACAAAAUUCUCGGAUUGGAUUGGAAACUCUUCAUUUUCAAAUUUAGUAUCUAUCAUGUUAUUAAAUUGUAAAAGUUGUUAUAUUUUACCACCACUUGGGCAACUGACAUUUCUCAAAGAUCUCAAAAUUAUUGGAUGUGAUAGUGUGGUCUCAAUAGGUGAUGAGAAUCAUCACAAUGGUCCAUUAUUCAGCUGUCUAGAAUCUUUAGAGAUCUACGAUAUGUUGGAGUGGAAAGAUUGGUCAUUUAGUAGUGAAGCUAUGCAACAAGGUCUGCAAAUAUUUCCUCUUCUUAAAAUACUUCGACUCGAAAAUUGUGAAAAGCUUAAUUGGCUUACCUGGUUAUCUUCCAUCCUUGGAAUCUCUGUAUAUCUCUGACUGCCAACAAAUGGUGGUUUUACACUCGAGAACUCAACAGCAGACCAUCACAGCCCCUCCAUCUCUUGCCUCCAUAUGUAUAGAGCAUUGUCCAGUGUUGGAAUCGCUUCUCGAAUGGGGAUCACACUCGAAAGUGAAGUGGCUGAAUUUAUGGUACACUGAAACACUCUUUGAGAACCAUAAGCAAUGGGAUUUGCAUAGACUCUCCUGUCUAGAACACUUUGGUAUCAGUGGAUGGGAGGGUGUUUCCUUUCUUGAUGAGGGGCUCCUUCCGACUAAUCUGAAUCGUCUUCACAUUUAUGAUUGUAUCAACCUUGAAACCUUAAAUGGCAAGGCCUUUCAAUAACUUACCUCCUUUACAUCCUUGAGUAUUGGUGACUGUGAAAGAUUGCAGUGCUUGCCAGAAGAAGGGCUCCCUACUUCUCUUUCUGAAUUAUAUAUAGAUGGAUGUCCUUUGUUAAAGCAAGGCUGUGAGAAAGGAGGAGAUGAAUGGCCUAAGAUUGAGCACAUCAAUUGUGUGGAAUUGGAUAAUGAACGUAUCAAUAAAAUGCCCCAAUGAUAUCAAGUACAGGGAGUUUUAAAAGGCUUUGACCAGGCUACAAAUGUCAUUGUUGAUGAGUCUCGUGAACACGUUUCCUCCACAAAGCAAAGUGUUCAGCAACUAGUGUCGGGUCAAGUCUCAACUGAUGAUGUAGAGAAAAGUUCUCUAUGUAUAGACAAUGGUCAACUAAUGCAUAAAAAGAUUGUACAAUUAAGGUACUUGGACUUGUCUUGGGGUGAAAUCAAAGAAUUGCCUAAUUCAAUUUGUACUUUGUAUAAUUUACAAACUUUAUUGCUGGUGAAUUGUAAUAAUCUUUGUGAAUUACCAAAGAAAAUGGCAAGUUUAAUCAA